GUAUGCUGUGGCAGACGCUGAACCUCAAGUGAGUUUGCUGGAUGGGGAUCGUAUCCCGCUACCUGUGUGUGUAGCAGCAGAGGAAGGGGGCUUUUCCGCCUGUAGGAGCACAGAUGGAGUCUUGGGUGUCCGUAUGAUGUAUUUGCAGUUGAACCAGCUGGAUAAGGCAGCAGAAGCCGCUCAUACAUUCUUCAUGGCCAAUCCAGAACACAUGGAAAUGAAGCAGAAUCUAGCAAACUACCAUUUCAAGUCAGAUGAUCACCUAGUGGAUAGGGAGCGCUGUGCUUAUAUGGAAGAUUAUCAUGAGGGUGUAAGACUGUAUGACACAGAGCAAUACACACAAGCCAUUGAAAAAAUGGAGGAGGCUUUAAAAGGCUAUUUCCGAGCUGACGCAGAGUGCCGAGCUCUAUGUGGUGGCCCCCAGAAGUUUGAGGAUUAUGAAUAUGUGGGAUAUAGUGCAAGUUUCUACGAGCGCCUUGCAGAUCACUAUAUCCAGAUCCUGGCUUGUGAGCAUGAGUGUGUGAGGGAUCUCUCUACACGUCCUGGCCGAUUAUCACCUAUUGAGAAUUUCCUGCCCUUGCACUAUGACUUCUUACAGUUCAGCUACUACAGAGUUGGAGAUCAUGUGAAAGCUUUGGAAUGUGCCAAAUCCUAUCUGCUCUUCCACCCUGACGAUGCUGAUGUUUCUGAAAAUGUUAGUUUCUAUGAAAGCUUGUUAGCUGAGCAUAUGGAUCCCCCGAAAAUUCAGCCUAGAACCGAUGCAGCAGAAUUUGUUAGACGCCACAGACUUGAGGCUGAAAUCUUAAUAUCUGCAGCUGGCGGACUGGGAUUUACAUAUUAUGAGCCGGACUUCUGGGUUACUGGUGGAGAUCGGCAAGAUGAGAACAGGCUGCCGUCAGGUGCACAGACUGAGCUGACUGAUGUCACCGGAAUGUUGACAGGAAAGAAAGCUGUCCAGAAAGUGGACCGAGAUCUAAGGGAGGGGGGCCCUCUGCUGUAUGAUGAAGUGAAACUUGUAUAUAAUUCUGAUUAUCUCAACGGGACGCAGAGAGUCCAGCUGGAUAACGUUAUAUCAGAGGAAGAAUGUCAGGAGCUGCAGGGAGUUGCUAAUACUAUAACUAUCGCUGGAGAUGGAUACAGAGGAAAAACUUCACCACACACCCCAAAUGAAAAAUUUGAAGGGGCUACAGUACUAAAGGCAUUAACGUUUGGUUACGAAGGCCGGGUGCCCAUGAAGAGCGCUCGUCUAUUUUAUGAUGUAAGUGAGAAGGCUCGGAAAAUUGUACAGUCAUAUUUCAUGCUGAAUACAACGCUAUUUUUCUCAUACACGCAUCUGGUCUGUCGGACAGCACUGCUGGGUCAGCAGGAUCAUAGAAAUGAUCUGAGUCACCCAAUACAUGCUGAUAAUUGCUUGCUGGACCCAGAAGCCAAUGAAUGUUGGAAGGAGGCCCCAGCCUACACAUACAGAGAUUACAGUGCACUACUCUAUCUGAAUGGGGAUUUUGACGGAGGAGAGUUUGUGUUCACAGAAAUGGAUGCUAAAACAAUCACAGCCUCCGUUAAGCCCAAGUGUGGUCGUCUAGUUGGGUUUUCUUCAGGAGGAGAGAAUCCUCAUGGGGUCAGAGCUGUCACCAAUGGACAGAGGUGUGCAGUGGCCUUGUGGUUCACAUUAGAUCCAAUGUACAGAGAACUGGAACGGCUGCAGGCAGAUGAAGUUAUACGGACACUGGAUAAAGAAAGUCAUGGUGGUGGUGGAGGAGCACAGGAAAUGGCUAUCAACCCCAGGGAUGAGCUAUAACAGGGAUAUAUUUUUAAAAAAAAAGUAUUUAUUAAUUAUUAAUAAUCUUAUUAGAAUGGAUUUAUUUUUGUACAAAACAAAUAUGUAAUUUAAAUGAUAAAUGGAAAACACAGUGCUCAGAAAAUGAUUUGUUCCAUAUAAGUGUUUGUCUUUUUAUUCUGAAUGUUACACUUGUAUUGUUUUUGUAACAAAACAUUAUGAUGGAAUGUAAUUUAAUGCUUGUUUUUUAUGUUUGGUGAUUUUAUUUAUGUGUUUAUCAGAAUAUAGUUUAACUUUAUUUUGCAAUAACCAAAUUGCAGCCUCUACUGAUGAUACAGAUUGUUAGCUACUGUGUUGAUGUGUUACAGUAUAUACCUGUACUGUCAAUGAUGACAAUAUGUUUUUCAGGUCUUCAUCAAAAUUAUAUGCAAAAAAAUAGAAAA